AUGCAGGGAUUCGAUCUUGUCGCCGGAGGCCAGCUCGCUGCUUUGCCGGAAUUUCAAAGACGAUUUGGAUAUUUGCAGCUAGACGGUUCUUUUCUGAUUCCCGCGCACUACCUUUCCGCCUGGAGCUCCAUUGCUCCUGCAUGCGAAAUAGUUUCCACCCUUAUUUUCGCUCCCCUGCUCGAGAGGUUCGGGCGGAAACCAGGAAUCCUAUUUGCCUCCCUCAUUUCCACAGCGGGUGUCAUUCUCCAGCAGCUGGCAACUGAUUGGCGAGUACAUCUAGCCGGUCGGGGUGUGAAUGGCAUCGCGAUAGGGAUCAUGUUCACCAUCUCUCCCCUAUGGAUCGGUGAAACGUGUCGACCGGAACUUCGGGGCUUCUUCCUCUGUUUUUUCAACACUAGCAUUGUCUUUGGACAAUUUGCAAUAGCCGUGGUGGCUAGGGGUAGUAUCCAUUUGAGUGGCAAAUGGCAAUGGUGGUUGCCGAUAGUGGCAAUGUAUUUCUUUCCAGAGUCUCCGUACUGGCUGGKGCGCCAGGGAAAAAACAGAGAGGCCCAGAUUUCUCUACACACAGUAUACGGCUUCAAAAGUGAGGCAUUUUAUACCGCAGAAGUCCAUCGAAUGGAGUCGGAAACUAAACGAGAGUCAUCCACCCGCGGUAGCCACGCUGAGGCCUCCUACAAGUUUCUCGGCAUCGACGUGUCUACCGAAGCUGAGUGCUUCAAUGGGGCUAAUCUGAAGAGAACUCUAACUGCAAUCUUCACCGCUAGUGGACAGCAGAUGAUUGGAGCCACUUUCGUUAUUGGCUACGCAACAUAUUUCUUAGAACUGAUUGGAGUAAAAGAUUACUUCGAUGCGUCCGUUGCCCUUUAUGUGGUGAUGUUGCUGUCUAGCAUGCUAGCCUUUCCACUCUCUGAAAUUGUUGGCCGGCGAACGAUGAUAGUGUAUCCUCAGUUCUUUCUGUGCUUCGUACUUCUACUAAUCGGCAUUUUGGCAUGCAUCUCGAACGCCGAGACGGCAAGCUGGGGUAUCGUUGUUCUCAUAUAUAUCUGGGCGAUCGUAUAUCAGCUUUCCAUUGGAGCUGUGGGCUUCGUGUUGGCUUCGGAAAUUGCUACCGCGCGUCUGCGAAGUACGACUCAAGGCCUCGUUACCAUCACCAACGCGUUGUGGGGGCUCAUCAUGCAAUUUACAGUCCCAUAUAUGAUCAAUACAGAUGCAGGCCAUCUGGGUGGAAAAGUUGGAUUCAUCUUUUUCGCGACAGGCUCCAUCGCAGCCAUUGGAGGAUGGUACCUCUACCCAGAGACUAAGGGUAUUUCUUUCGAAACCAUGGACGAGCUUUACGCAAACAUGACCUCCCCUCGACACUUCAGGCGAGCCGUGACCGCGCCGGGUGAGAUAACGCCCCAGAUAUGCAAAGCGGAAGUCUCUAUCCAUGUAUAA